AUGAACGUGAUCGAUGACUCUGGGGAGCAUGCUAAUGAGCUACUUGAAGCUCAUGCUCACGUCUGGAACCACAUGUUCGGCUUCAUAAAAUCCAUGUCCUUAAAAUGUGCUGUUGAAUUAGCUAUCCCAGAUAUCAUUCAAAACCAUGGCAAGCCCAUGACUGUCACCGAGUUGGUCGCUGCACUACCGACGCUCAACCCUACCAAGGCAUGCAACAUCUACCGGCUCAUGCGUAUUUUAGUUCAUUCGGGAUUCUUUGCACAACAAAAGCUUAGCGAUGACGCCCAAGAAGAUGGUUAUGUUCUUACCAGUGCUUCUCGUCUCUUGCUUAAUGAUAAUCCCUUAAGCGUUACACCUCUUCUGAAAGCUAUGUUGGAUCCUGUUUUAACAAAGCCUUGGGAUUUUCUAGGCAUCUGGUUCCAAAAUAAUGAUUAUACCCCAUUUGAUAUAGCUCAUGGGAAGACGUUUUGGGAAUAUGCUUCUCAUGACCCAAAGCUUGGUAAUUCUUUCAAUGAAGCCAUGGCUAGCGAUGCUCGAUUGGUUAGUAGCGUUUUGAUUGACAAGUGUAAGGGCUCAUUUGAGGGAUUGAAUUCGUUGGUGGACGUUGGAGGGGGCACAGGAACACUAGGCAAGGCCAUCGCUGAUGCAUUGCCAAACUUGGAGUGCACUGUGUUUGAUCUUCCUCAUGUUGUUGCUGACCAACAAGAUAGCGGGAACUUGAAAUAUGUUGGAGGCGAUAUGUUUGAGGAUGUUCCUGUUGCAGAUGCAGUUUUAGUUUUACUAAAGUUUUUUUUUAUCAAUAAUCUCUUUUUGACGUUUUUGUAAUUGUUUUCAAUUAACACUAAUGCUUUUGAGUUGAUUAAAUAGUGGAUAUUGCACAAUUGGAAUGACGAUGAAUGCUUGAAGAUUCUGAAACGAUUCAAAGUGGCGAUUUUAAAUCAAGACAAACAAGUGAUG